AUGAGAGUACCAGUCACACGGUUAGGAAGCCUGGUGCUCCGGAGAGGCUUCGCCAGCACGCAGAGGCGGCUCGACAACUAUGCCUUUAUCGGUCUCGGCCAGAUGGGCUACCAAAUGGCAAAGAACCUGCAGUCCAAGCUCAAGCCGUCAGACAAGGUGGCCAUCUUUGACGUCAACCCGACGGCCAUGGAGGGCCUUUCGGCCGAGAUGAAGGCCAAGUCUGACGGCGCUGCGGUGGAAAUUGCGGCGAGUGCGCAUGAUGCUUCAAAGGACGCUGACACCGUCGUCACCUGCCUACCAGAACCGCACCACGUCCGCGGCGUCUACGAAUCCAUCCUGACAGACAUCCUCCCCAAAAAGGACCGCAUCUUCAUCGACUGCUCAACAAUCGACCCGACCACCUCACGCCAAGUCGCCCAGUCCGUGUCCGACGCCGGGCAGGGCACCUUCGUCGACGCCCCCAUGUCCGGCGGCGUCGUGGGCGCCACCGCCGGCACGCUGACCUUCAUGCUGGGCGCCGACGCCCACAUCCUCCCGCGCGUCGAGCCGACGCUGCUGCUCAUGGGCCGCAAGGUGCUGCACUGCGGCGCCCAGGGGGCGGGGCUGUCGGCCAAGCUGGCCAACAACUACCUGCUGGCGCUCAACAACAUCGCGACGGCCGAGGCCAUGAACCUGGGCAUCCGGUGCGGCCUGGACCCCAAGACGCUGGCCAACGUGCUCAACGUGAGCACCGGCCGGUGCUGGCCCAGCGAGGUCAACAACCCCGUCAAGGGCGUCGUCGAGACGGCGCCGGCGAGCCGCGACUACCGCGGCGGCUUCGGCAUCUCGCUCAUGCGCAAGGACCUGAGGCUGGCGCUGGUGGCGGCCGAGGCGGCGCAGGCGAGGACGGAGCUGGGCAAGCUGGCGUUUGACAUGUACGACAAGGCGGCGCAGAGGGAGGACUGCAAGGAUCGGGACUUUUCGGUUGUGUAUAGAUUUCUUGGGGGGAAAGAGGAGUAA